CGACUUUAAUGCACUGAGAUAAGGUUUGUUUACCAAUAAGUCCUAACUCAAUUAUUACUGCGUAACAGAAUUAUAUUUCUAGCAUAUAGUUUUGGUUUUUAUUAACACCCUUUCACUACUACAAUCACACUAUCCUUUUACGAGAAUUGGCGUCAACAAGCAGUAGAACAGUAACAAUCUCGCAUUAUUACUAGUAGAGAAGCCAAUAUAUUCUCUCCAAACUAGAGUUUUUCUUUAUAUCUUUUGUUUCAUAUUUUUAUACAUACACAAGUAGAUUCGUAUGCAAAUAUUUGGAUACGAUCCAGACAUCAUUGUUUACGCUAGUGUUAUUUAGGCUAAGCAGACGCGAAAAUCUCUUGUUACCGAGAUCUCCUCGUUAUUUAUAGUUUCCAAUGAUAUGUUUUUUCCAGGAAGGUCGGCGGUGGAUCUGUGAAGUCAGUGAUAAAUAAAGCCCCCGUUCGAAAUGCUCAAUAGGCCCUCUAAGGCCAUAUUAUUUUGCGCCAGCUUCACUGAACCAUGAUACGAUCCCAACGGUUGUAAUUUCACGUCUGGGAUGUUCCUCUUCUCUUUUUGUUUGUAAUGUAAAUUUUCCUCAUUCUGUUGAGAACUCUCGGAAUCUCUCCUUUUGUAUCGAUACAAUGUCAGAUAACAAGAGAUUUAAUAAAGACGACUGUUUGCCGCUUAUAACCGUGUAGAAUUUCAAUUCGUCAGUUUUACGCCGAAUUAGAUAACACACACUGAGAAUUGAGGAUAAUAUUUGUUUUUGUGAUUAAAGAAUCGUUUCUUUUGUGUUAGGGGCGACUCUCAUACUUCCAAUCAACGUUUGUUAGGUCAAGUGUAGCUGUGAGACAAAAUUGAUUAACUGUGAAACUGGUUGGAAAAUUGAUCGGAAAUUACUCGCCCGCUCUUGUAUCGUUAAAUGAAGACUGCUUAUAAUUUGAAUACAGCAAAAGGUCCUGUAUAAUAUGCUCCUCGUGAUAAUUACAGCAUUUAUUAAUAUAAUUUUGUUAAUAAAGCUUGUGGGUACUGAGGAAGAUACGAUAGCAUUAUUUGAAAGAUUCAAAAUGCAUUUCCAUAGAGUGUAUACCAGUCCUGCAAGUGAAGAAGAAGCAUAUAUUAACUUUGUUAGAAAUAUGGAAAUUGCAAAUGAUUUAAACAAAAAGAAUCCGGGUGAUGUCAUAGCUUAUCAAUUGAAUCGAUAUGCAGAUGUAGAUCCUGAUACAAUAGAAGAUCGAUAUGCUUUGGAUAUAGUUCCAUAUGACCAUAUAGUAAAGAAGGAACCUCGUCCAAAACAGCCACCACAUAAGUUAAUAAAAGAUGUUAAACUUUAUGACUUAAACGAUGUGGAUGAACUGUAUGAACAAUACAUCCAAAAAUUUAAAAAGCAGAAUGUAUCGAAUAAAGCGGAGCGAUUGGCUCAUUAUUAUAGAUUUAUUAAAACAGUAGUCGAUAUAAAUAAGCAGAGGUUUGACGGAAAAGAUGUGACGAUUGGACCAGAUGCCGACGUAAUUAAAGAACCUAAUGAAUAUUUCUAUGGAUAGAUGUAAUUUUAA